AGAUUAUCAAAGUCGCUUUUCUCAGGUUGCACGGUGUUGCGCGGAAAUAGGCCAAUCCACUUGACAAUAGCUUCGCGAUAAUAUCUGGUAAUAGCCUCGCGUAAUUGUCUGAAAAGGUGUCGCAAUGUUAUCGAUCAAACUCAACAUGUGUAUAGGGGAGACCGGGCCAGGAUAACUUUUCAAAACUUCGAAGUUACGGCUUUUCAGACAAGUAAAUGUUAUGAUUGAUUGUACAUGCAUGAUAGAGACAAGCUUUCUCAAUGUUUUUGUCAUCGACGAUCCUGUAAAUUUUGCGAUUUAACACUAGAUUUACGGGACCCGUCCCUAAUUUGACGGGUUUCGGAUUUCACAAGCAAAAUUACAGAAACUAUUAUUAUUAUUUUCUAGCAAUUUUUGUUGACUUUUAUUAAUGGAAUAAUACGAAUAUAUAUCCAAAUUAUUCAUUUACUCCUCUUCUAAUAUUGAAAUUCUCUAUGUCGUAUAGCUAUUUUUCCAGAUACCCGUCAAAUUAUCCCGUAAACCUAGUGUUAACAAAAAAUAUGGUAAGCUGUAAUUUUCAUAUUGUUUUGUACCGAAUUUCUUUGACAAAUCGUUAAUUGGCGAAGCUACAUUGAGAAAAAAUAUUUGAGAAUUUAUUUAUAACACAUAAAGUUUACUUUUAUGGAAUAAGGUUGAUUUCUGCGAAAUCAACUUUGUAUCCCGCAAAUAAAUUUUCAAAUAUUUUAGGAGAUUUGGACUUUCAGUCAACUAAACCCGGUCUGUCCUACUUUCGUCCAGAUCCGCGAGUUGAUUUAUUUAUACACGUCGUCCUCCCGUUGAUGAUGAUAAAAUCGCGUAGGCGAGUGACAGGCGAAUUACACUCGUGAUGAUAGUAACUGAAUUUACUACGAUUACGAGAACAGAGUGGUCAGAGACGACCACGACGACAUGUGCUAUCUUCCGCGGGGCAGGUUGGGGGCGACGGGGGUAAAAAGUAUUCCGAGCGGAAUUUGCCGCGCAGCUCCCCCGCAGAGACACGGCCGUAGAUAAGGCCGCUAUCAUUGCGCUCGGCUUCGGCGUGGCUAUCGAGAAAGUGAGUCCUUCUCUCCCCCGGGACAUAGAUCUCUACUCUCUUACUCGUGUUUAUCGUCGCGUCAAGUUCCUCAAGUCCCGAGUUGUUCCGCGCACGACCUAAAGCGCCAGUCGACCGCGCGACGCGAUCAAUCGAAAAGCAUGAAUCGGGUUGAUAUCUCAGCCUGUGUAUGUCGGACGCGCGUAUGUGUAUAUGUACGUAUGUGUAUGUGUGUGUGUGUGAGAUUCAAAGAGCUCUACUGAAGUCGAUACUGUGCGACACAGACUGAACGUGCGAGGGUUAACAGUGCGCGAAGAAGAGAUGGCACGUGCGAGUCCUCCGCCUCGCAUGUAAUCGCAAUUACAGUGUGCAGUCACGUGUGGAAACGAUCAAAAUCGUCGGCGCGUACCGGCUUCUAAAUGACACGUUAAAUCUCUCAUAGCUUUUGCGUCUUACGGCGAUACACACAGUAUCGCGGAUCUGGGUUUCGCGCUGAGUUCACUUUCACUCGCGUAGUCCCGCCGUUUUCCGUAAUUGAGCGGAAAUUUGACUUGCGUCGCGCGCCGUUCGUGCGGGAAAUCGUCGUGCGAGCUAGAAAUUUCUUAUCUAAGUAGAAGACUGCUCAGUCGCAGCUGGAUAAUCGAAGAAGCGACCGAGAAAGGGGAGUAUCGCGGUGGUAACAUCACGUGUAUCGCGCGCCAGCCGUCGUAUCGAUACGGAGCGAUGAAAUUAAGAGGUCGACUCGCGAGAUUUUGCUGCUCUACGGCUGAACAGUUGAUUAUGUAAAAGGUGCAUCUCUCCUUGCCCGGAAAAUCGCGUCUCGAGAAUACAGUUGACUAAUCGCGCGCGCGCGCGCGCGAUGAGAUAAUUCGCGCGGAGUGCGCGUCAGAGUGACUUUCCACUCGUGCUCUUCACGCAUUCCCGCGAGUGCGACGUGUCGGGGCUGCGACGAAGGAAAAUGUGAUCUCCUCGAGAACGACGGAUCGAUGCGACGAGUGAAUAACAGCCGCGAGUCGAUAUCGCAUGUGGCGGAAAACCGCGCGAAUUUCGUGCAAUUUCGCGGCAAUUCCGUGGGAAUUUUUUGCCUCUAGCCGAUCUGGAAGCGGUCAGGCAAGCAGAAUGAGAACGCCCGCGGAUCUGAACGUCUCGCCGUCUCUCUUCUUUAAUUUGUAUUUAAAUCACGUGUCGCAAAGGGCGAUCAACGCCGCCCAACCGUCCAACAAUGGCAACGUCGGCUCCGUCGAGACUGACAGCAACAACAACGGCCAAAGCGCCGCCAGUCUUCAUCAACUCUUAUACUCCUCCAACGAGGAAUACCAGCCGACCUCGUCCUCGGCCAAUCACGUUUCUUCUUCCCAGCAGGGGAACGAGUUAAAUGAGGAUUGCCGCUUUCAGUACGUCUUAGCUGCCGCUACUAGCAUCGCCACCAAAGUUAACGAGGAAACGUUGACGUACCUGAACCAGGGGCAAUCAUACGAGAUCAAGCUGAAGAAAUUGGGCGAUUUAUCCGCCUACCGCGGCAAAAUUCUGAAGGGACAUCCGGGCUUUCUGUUCCAGUCGACGAUACGCAUUUGCUUCCAUGAGCGACGGCUGCAAUACACGGAGCGGGAGCAGAUGCUGGCAUGGCAACGCGCUAGACCGGGUGAGAGACUACUGGAGGUCGACGUGCCCCUCAGCUACGGAAUGGUAGACGUCUGCCAACCGUCGCCGUCAAACAAUAGCGUGGAAUUCAUGUGGGAUCCCACGAAAGAAGUCGGAGUUUACAUUAAAGUGAAUUGCAUAAGCACCGAGUUUACGCCGAAGAAGCACGGUGGCGAGAAAGGCGUGCCCUUUCGGAUUCAAGUGGAGACCCGAUUGCCGGGGGGACCGCGCUUGCACGCAGCCUCGUGCCAAGUGAAAGUUUUCAAAUUGAAGGGAGCGGACCGCAAGCACAAGCAAGACCGUGACAAGAUACUGAGGCGUCCCCUUCACGAGCAAGGCAAAUAUCAGGCCAGCUACGAGUGCACCGUUCUUUCCGACAUUCCCUUGGAAUCCUUGUCCGCGUCGAGUUUGGCAACACAAAACGGAGGAAGCCCGUACGCUCCAACGGAUGCGAUAUCGCCACAAACACGCGCAACCAUUGGUAUGGUACCAUUGGUUCCCGCUUCGGACGCCAUGAAGGAAAACACUAGCACAGCACCGGCCUUGCCAUCUCCCGCUGCCAUUUUGCCGGACCAACCGUGUAUUGAGGCCGAGGUUGGUCUGGCCACACGCAAAGCUACUUCUCCGCAACAGAUACUCGAGUCUAUGAAAACGAGCACUCCAUGCCUCACCGAGUUGCCGCCGGAUGCGAACGCCAAGCAGACAACUGCAUGGCUACGCGCGAGUCGCUUCAAUGCAUUCGAAUCAACCUUCGCGAGCUUCUCCGCCUCGGAUAUCCUGCGCCUAUCCCGCGAGGAUCUCAUCCAGAUCUGCGGGGUGGCGGACGGCAUCCGACUGUUCAACACACUGCACUCCAAGGCGCCGACGCCGAAGCUCACACUCUACUUCUCGCUGGAAGGCAACGGCUCUCUCUGGCGAGUCGCCUACUUGGAGACUCUGACGAGUGGCAUACUCACGAACAAGUUGCUCAGCACUCUCAGUCUGCCACCCGACCGACUGCACUCGAUACUGUUCUUGGGUCCGCAGGGGAUACACGUGUUGGUUACUGACGAACUGGUGGCGAACAUGAAGGACGAAAGCAUGUACCUCGUUGAGAUGAUCAAAGAUCCUGCCAGCGAGCGCUACAAAUUGCUGAUUAAGUCUAAGGCAAUUUGAACGAUUUGUCUUUUCGUAUGUACAGAAUACUUGUUUCACUAAUAUGAGGGGAUGUGUGCAAAACGACAGUUGGUUUACGCAAAAUCCAAUCAUACUAUCUCUCUUUUUAACGAAUAGAGGAGAAAGUGGUAAUGUGAAACAGGAUGGUAAUAUGAAAUAAGGCUGAUUUUUUAAUUGCUGUGAUCUGUUAGUAACUUAAAAAUAAACAUAACCAUUAGAAUCUUUAUCGACCAUCAAAGGCGUUUGGCAUCGGUGCCAUGUUGUUUAUAGUGUUAAGAGAAGCUGCUUUGAAUUUUUCUUGUUAAAACCUUUUACAAGGUAAAAUUCAACGUUUUCUUAUCUUAUCGGUAAAUCUAGCAUAUUAGCUAUAGUGUAUCGAUUAGUAAUAAGAUUGAACUUCAAAAUUGUUAUAUUUUGAGAUUCUUUUGAAAAAUAUCGACAAGUAGUAACCUGGAUAACAAUAAGUAUUUCAUAUGAAACAAAGUGUUACAAAAUCACAUCUUAUAUUUCCACAUCUUAUGCGGGUAUAAAAGUGAUGUUUUUAUUAGCGACUUUUGUUUAUAGGUCUAAAAAACUUUUUCAUAAUAUUAAUUAUUAAGUUUAAUUUUCUUAAUUUUCGUAGACAUUUAAAAAAUUUUUAUUUAUAAUUUUUAUAUUUAAAGGAAUUCAAUAAAAAGGAUAUUUUAACAUCAACAACUUUCUAAUAAUAAAAAGUAAGUUUUUUUAUUUUCAUAUCUGUUUCAUAUUACUAUUUUCCAUUUUCCAAGACUUCAUUUCUUGCACUUAAAAAUGUUAAAAAAAAUUUAUCGCCUUUAGAUAGUUUAUUUUUCUCUAAUAAUUAUAAAUACAUUAUAAAAGAUAUACUUGCUAAUCUUUCUGUCGAUUAUGGAUGCAAUUAUUGUAUUUAAUAUUGGAUUUUUCGUCCAAAAUAAAGAAAUUAUCAAUAUUCCCACCUUCUCUUCUAUGAACAACGGAGAUGAUUAUACAAUUAUAAACAUUUAAAGAGAAGAGAUUAUGAUUGACAAAUCAAUUAAGAUUUGAACGUAAUUAAUAAUUCGAUAACAUAUUUAUAAUAGACGUGUCCGAAUAUAUAUAAAAGCAAACUUGUCGAAACGUUAUUAAGAAUCAUCGACUGAUGUUUCACGCGUAACAGAACUAAAACAUACUCAUUUAUAUUUAGAUUUGUUCCGAUAUUCUUUUCUUCUUUCAGAUACAGAUGUUUUUUUAUCUUAAUAAUGUGAGAUUAUUGUUAUUGCGUUAUUAUAUUACUGUAUAUUGCGCACAACUCAGCAGUAGUAUUUCGGGUAGUGCAGCGUGCGACUACCCGAGGUUUCUGACAUUGCGGUCACCCGAUGGAAAAAAUCAUGAAGAUGUUUAUAUUUUUAACAAUUCUAUAGAUAUAUGCAACUAUAUGUUAUUAUAAUCUGAAACGUAUUGCUUCAGCAAUUACGAGAAGUAUUGCGAUCUUGUAUGAUCGUGCAAUCGUUGCGGCCGAAUAUUUUGAGAUUAUGAACAUUCUGAGUUUGGAGCAUUUAGAAAUGCGAAGGUGCUUAGCAUCUGCCAGAUUUCUGUUGUGAUUUGUAAGUCGCACGCGAGUUAGAGUUGAGUUAAAGUUAGAUUGAAGGCGAAUUUCGAGAAGAAUUUCGAGAGAAAUUUGGGGUAAACAGUAAUAUAUAUGGAAGCUGCGAGUAAAGAGUAUAGAAUUUGCGAAUAAACGAAAGGCUAUUGAGAUUAUAUAGAGGCCGAUAUGAACAUGCGUCGAUCAUUUAGUACAAUUUGCGAAAACUUUCCGUUUUCGAUAUACGUGCCACAUUAAAAGUAAGAAAUGUAGGAUUUUAAUCUUGUAUAUAGCAGAUGUUUCGGUUACUCGUUGAUUUCAUAACUCUCGUUUGCAUUAAGCAUUACUCUUGUUUCUGUAAACCUUUAACAUGUUUAUGGUUUGCGAGUAAAGUAAAACGUCGUUAUCGCGAGAAAUCAACAAUGAACACCGAGUUUUACAGUAUAAACAAUUUUGUAAGAGAAGGGAGCUAUAAGCAAUUUGGUAAGAGAAGGAAACUUUAAGCGCGAGUGCCUUAAUUAAUUAAUUAAUUACGUGCCAAUAGACAUAUUUACUUGGUAAGCAUUUGGGCAGGAUAUAGAUGUAGAAUUAAUUCCUCGAGAAAAAAAUAUUUUAUCACUUUGCAGCGCUAGUACUACGAUAAGGAAGAAGUAUAGGAAGUAGAUAUUUUUAUACUAAUAUAUUCGAGAUUCCACGAUCUCUUAGAAAUUCUACGAAAUACUAGAAUUAAAUUCUUUCUUUCUUUUUAUUAUUAUUGUUAUUAUUAUAUAACUUUUACUGUAUAUUGUUAUUAUUAUUGUGCAAUUUUUACUUUAUAUUGUUAUUAUUAUUAUAUAAUUUUUACUUCAUACGAAGGUGCCAAUGCAACUUAUUAUGUAGCACACUAUCUCCUGUUAAUUAGUGCGUUAAGAUAUUACUAAGUAGGAUGGUUAUUUGUUUUGUUAUAAGGGGUGUGGAGUUACUAACGCAAUUUAGAUGACGAAAUAACAAUCAAUUAGCUAAUGAAUGUAACAAUCUCUUGUAUCAUUAUAGAGUUUUACGCGUUUGCGGCGCGUUGGAAAUGCUCACUGCGAUAAAUCGUGAUUAAUCGCGCGGUAUCGGCUACGUAGAAUUUUGUCACCGGUACCUCGAUUAUGCAAAUAAGUGUAAUUUUUAAUUGUGUUAUUUUAUAAAAUACAAUCUAUUUUUUUUUGUUGUAAUUUAAAGGUCAAAGAAGACGGUGAUACCUUGAGAAGCAUAAUGAACAUAUGCCCGGUUUAUUAAUUGUUGUAUACCUCGUACGAGUGUUUCCGUCGAAAUGAAAUGGCAUAAUAAAUACUUCUUGAUGCCUAGCCCUUAA